AUGACUGCUCCCGACUUCUUCCCCCACCCUGAGCCCACUCAGUCGUACUGGUUGACGCACGAGGAUGAUCUUGCAAACCACCGAACGACCGAAGAGCUUCCCCAGGAGGCAGACUAUGUCGUGAUCGGGUCUGGCUAUGCUGGAACCACGUCGGCGUAUUAUCUCCUCAAGGACGAGAAGUUCCGUCCCUCGACGGUGAUUCUCGAGGCCCGCAGUGCUUGCUCUGGUGCAACCGCCCGAAAUGGCGGCCAUUUGAAGCCAGACUGCUAUCUCUCAUUCUGGACGUAUGCGAAAAUGUUUGGGCCGCGGACCGCAGCGCAAUUAAUCAACCAUGAGAUUAAGCACCUAAAGGAAAUCAAGAAAUUGGUCGAGGAGGAGAACAUUGACUGCGACUUCCAUCUCACGCGAGCCAUUGAUGUGUUUCUGGACGAGCGGGUCUCGGUGCCCACCAUUCAGGCGUACAGGGAAAUGGUCAAGGCCGGCUAUCUCGAUACGUCGGACAUUGAAUUUUGGGCCAAUCCCAAGGAAGCCGAGCAGGUCUCGGGCAUGAAAGACGCGCUGUGCGCGUUCUCGUUCACUGCAGGCCACAUCUGGCCGUACAAGUUCAUCAUGCAUCUCCUCCGACGGGCCGUCGAAUGGGGCGCGAACCUGCAGACCAACACGCCGGUGACGACUCUGUCCGAGAAGCCCGACGCCGAGGGGCGGUGGACGGUGACCACACCGCGGGGCACGAUCCGCGCAAAGAACGUGGUGAUUGCAACCAACGCCUACACGGCGGGCAUCAUGCCCGAGUUCAAGGACAAGAUUGUGCCUGUUCGGGGAAUCGCCGCGCACAUUGCGGUGCCCGAGGGCCAGCGGCCGCCGCACCUGAACAACUCGUACGCCGUGCGGUUCGGGCCGAAGCAGUACGACUACAUGGUCGUGCGGGCCGACGGCAGCGUGGUGGUCGGGGGCGCCAAGCAGAAAGUCCUGCUGAGCGACAGCAACUGGGAGAACGUGACGGACGACUCGAAGCUGAUUGAGGGCGCGGACGAGUAUUUUGACGGAUACAUGCAGCGCCAUUUCAACGGCUGGGAGGACAGCGGGGCCACCACGACAAAGAUCUGGACAGGCAUCAUGGGCUACUCCAAGGACUUUAUGCCCUUCCUUGGCCGAAUGCCCGGCAAAAGGGGCAUCUGGCUCAACACGGGCUUCACCGGCCACGGCAUGCCCCGCAUUCUCUUGUCCUCGGUGGCGCUCGCGGGUCUCAUGAAGGGCGAGGUCGACGACCUGUCCCACACGGAUAUCCCGUGGCCGUUCUGGGCGACGGAGGAGCGAAUCAGGAGCACGGAGAGUGUGGUCCAGAGCUAUAUGGCUGGCGACAAGCACAAUGGCGAGAAGAAGAAUUAAUCGGUCAUUGGAACUAUGAAAAGAAUUUAUGUGUUGGCAUUGGUUUAUUUAGUUUUUGCAUUUAUUUGGCAUCAUACCAGGGGCGGGUUGUGUUUAUUUUGUUCUGGAUAUAGUUUUACGGUUUGUUCAUUUGUAGAAUGAGAUGUAAGAUAGAUAGAAUAGUACGG